AUGCCUGUUCGAAGCAUCAACCCGUUCGCAUCCACCACCCCUACUCCCUCCCUCGACCCUCUGAACGAGAAGCGCGACCCUGCGCGCCGGGCGUCCUUUGCAAAGGGCGGCAAGUUCACAGCCCUGUUCGGUGGCUCUCCCAAGUCGCGGACAGAAGCUGCUGCUCUCCGCGAGGCCUUUGUCGCCCAGCAGCAAGCUCUCCUCAACUCGCCCUCACCGUCCCAGAUCUCGCUCCCGACCAUCAACCUUACGACUGCGACUGGUGAGAAGAUGCCCACCGAGGGCAACAAAACUUUGUUCCAGCCCCCUUCGCCAGAGGAGCAGCGCCGCCUUGCACGCGCUCACGCACAGUUCGGUCCUCUUGGCUCGCAGAAGCACCGCUACCAGAGCAAAUUCGAGGGAGAGUUCGGUGACCCCAUCGAAGACGAGCCGCCAUAUUAUUUCCUUUUCACCACAUACAUCAGCUACUUAAUCCUAAUAGUAUUCGGACAUGUCCGUGACUUCUUCGGCAAGCGCUUCAGGAAACAACACUACAGCCAUUUGCAAGAGAAGGAUGGAUAUGCACCCCUCAACAGCGACUUUGACAACUUCUACACGAGACGUCUGAAGAUGCGAAUCAACGACUGCUUCUCAAGACCCACUACCGGCGUUCCUGGACGAUUCAUCACCGUGCUCGACCGCAAGUCGGACGACGGAAACAACACCUUCAAGAUGCUGGGAUCCACGACUGAGACACUUAACAUGAGCUCGUACAACUACCUCGGUUUUGCUCAGUCAGAGGGCCCCUGUGCAGACGCAGCUGAAGCUACUAUCCGCAAAUACGGAAUCUCCAUGGCCAGCCCUCGAUCAGACAGCGGUACCUCUGAUCUCACCGUCGAGGUUGAGGAUCUCAUCGCCAGGUUUGUCGGCAAGCCAGCUUCCAUGGUCUUCUCCAUGGGUUUCGUUACCAACGCUACCACCUUCCCUACCAUUGUUGGAAAGGGCUGCCUCAUGAUCUCUGACGAACUCAACCACUCCUCUAUUCGAUUCGGCGCCCGUCUCUCUGGAGCCAUGGUCACCAUGUUCAAGCACAAUGACAUGCGGGACCUCGAACGCAAGCUUCGCGAAGCCAUCUCCCAAGGUCAGCCCCGCACACACCGUCCCUGGAAGAAGAUUUUGGUUGCCGUCGAGGGUCUUUACUCUAUGGAGGGUACCAUGUGCAAUCUCCCCGGCAUCAUCAACCUGAAGCACAAGUACAAGUUCAACCUCUUUGUCGACGAGGCGCACUCAGUCGGAGGUGUUGGCCCUCGUGGAAAGGGUGUAUGCGAUUACUUCGGCAUUGACCCCUCCGAAGUUGACAUUCUUAUGGGUACCCUGACAAAGUCCUUUGGUGCCAACGGCGGUUACAUUGCCGCUGAAAAGCCCAUCAUCGACAAGCUCCGAACUUCCAACGCCGCCAUGCUCUUCGCCGAAUCACCCGCACCACCAGUCCUCAUGCAAAUCGCCUCCGCUCUUCGCAUCAUCGACGGCUCAAUAGUCCCAGGUCAGGGCGAGGAGCGUCUCGGACGUCUGUGCUUCAACUCACGUUAUCUGCGAUUGGGUCUCAAGCGUCUCGGAUUUAUUGUCUACGGCCACGAUGACUCACCCAUCAUCCCUGUCAUGCUCUACAACCCCGCCAAAAUGCCCGCCUUUUCGCAUGAGAUGCUUAAGCGUAAAAUCUCCGUUGUUGUUGUUGGAUACCCUGCCACUCCUCUUGUCUCAUCACGCGCCCGUUUCUGUGUCAGCGCUGCGCACACCAAGGACGACCUUGACCGUAUGCUCACGGCUUGCGACCAGAUUGGCGACCUCCUGCAGUUGAAGUUUAGCUCAGGUGUCGCUGGCGGUGCGGAACCCGAGGAUCUGGCCGAGAAGAGCCAGACGGAUGAGAAGGAGAAGAUGCCUAAGCCACCAAGGUGGAGACUCGAGGAAGUGCUGAAGAGAACGGCUGACGACGUACAACGACGUGUGUUGGAAUAG